AUGCAUCAAGCACAAGUAACCGAAUGGGGCCAGGCUCCUAAAUACAUCGAAGUAGUAGACCUUCCAUCACCCGCCGCAGACGAAGUUCGCAUCAGAGUCCUGGCCGCUGGAACACAUCAAGUGGUCCGCAGUCGAGCAUCGGGAACACACUACACAAGUGGUCAGCUACCUCACGUCCCUGGUAUCGAUGGCACAGGCACGACCGACGAUGGCAAGCUCGUCUACUUCAGCUCUUUUGACACAGGCUCGUUCUCCGAAUACGUCAACAUGGACAAGCGCCGAGCACUCCCUGUCCCUGAUGGCCUCGACCCGGUCCAAGUCGCUGGCAUCACUAACCCGGCCAUGUCUAGCUGGAUGGCUCUAAAGGCUCGGACGAAUGACCUCCCGAAGGACUUCACUGUGCUCAUCGUGGGCGCCACCUCCGCUUCUGGUCGUGUCGCAAUUCCACUCGCUCGCGGUCUCGGUGCAAAGCGAGUCAUCGGCGCUGCACGCAACAAAGCCGCCCUCGACACCCUGGGCCUUGACGAGACCGUCAUCAUCGCCAACGAGCCCGAGAAGACCGAUUUCAGCACCCUCGGCGACGUCGACGUCAUCCUGGACUACGUGUAUGGUCCUGUCACCAUCCACCUGUUCAACUCGCUCAAGUCUCAUCGUCCCGUUCAAUACGUGGAGAUUGGAGGUCUUGACUCUACUGAGAUGAUGCUUCCUAGCUCAAUACUUCGAUCGAAAAACAUUACGAUUCGUGGGAGUGGACCGGGUGCUUGGAGCAUGCAGGAGGUUGUCGAGACGAUGCCGGACAUGCUCACAGCGCUGAAAGAUGUGCCUGAGCAACCUGUGAAGACGGUCAAGCUGGCAGAUGUUGAGAAGAAGUGGAAUAAUGCUGGGAGUGAGCGGUUGGUGUUUGUGCCUUGA